GGAACUUGCAAAAACACAGGUUUUAAAUGUGAUUUAAUAAGCCAUGUCCCUGCUAAUAGUGUUGUUUUCAGAAAUGUUACUUAAAUGAGCAGGUGAAAGUAUUAUGUGUUGGGGAUUGAGCUCAAGGCAGAUGAAGAUGAAAGGAACUGGAGCAAGUUUAUGACUCAUUGGAGAACAUCAUCUGCUAUUUUAAGUGUGCAUGACAUAAGUAGCAAUAAAGAAGCAGAAACAUGGGGUUUCUUUCAGAAAUGUAAAAAUAAUUUUGUGAAGUUAACACUUUUAUCCUUUAUUGAGCCACCAUUGUUUCCUUCCUUCUCUCCAGACUAUUGCUUGUAGGUGACUAAAGCAGUUCCAAGUGAGCAGAAUUAAUUUGCUGCCUACUUUGCAAAUAUUUCUCAUCUUCAGCAUGACAUGUUUAGUGCCUCCUGAAUGAGAGAAGUCAUGCACUGUGGAACUAGAGUUUGCCAGAGUGUUUUAAUUUUGCCCUUCAAAAAGAAUUCUUGCAGAUACUUGAUGCUUUUCGUUGAUUUUGGUGUCAUUUUUUGGCUUUAAGGUACUAUAGUUUCAAAAUCCUGCACAAGUUGAGUUCUAGCAGCAGCUAGCAAUUGCAAUAUACUUGCUUGUGAAACCACUGAAGCUAGGGGGGAUUAUAUCAUUUAAAAACACUCCAGACUGCUUUUACUUUGCAAAAAGUGUAAUGAAUAAUUUGUUUAUUUCAGAUUGUUAUUUUCUGUGUUUAAUGAAAACCUUCAGAAAGCUGUGAGUGGCUUCCUGGGCUUUUUCCAGCCAAAACAGUGAAUUUUUCUUCCAUGGACAGGUCAAAGCAGUGAUAAUUUUCCUCUUUUGGUGUUAGAGCUUUACUUGGGGAAAACAAUGUGCUGCAGCUGUGGUGAAGGCAGGGGAUGGCACAUGGCUGUCAGCCAAGGGAAAUGGGCAUUUCACAUCUUGGGUGAUGUGACUCAUAGACUAGCAAAUUUGAUUAUAAGUGUUUUCUCUAGUGUGUUAGUCAACCUGCUCCUGGUAAGAUCUCUCCUUAGCUCAGCAAAUACUGAUUUUCUUUGUGAGUGUGAUAGAAUUUGUAGUAUUCUGCUCCUGAAAUGUAUUGGAAAUGCAUGUCUAAGGAUCACAGGAUGUUAGGCGUUGGAAGAGACCCAAAGAGAUCAUCGAGUCUAGCCCUCCUGCCAGAGCAGGACCAUAUAAUCUAGCUCAGGUCACACAGGAACACAUCCAGACAGGCCUUGAAAGUCUCCAGAGAAAGAGACCCCCACAACCUCUCUGGGGAGCCUGUUCCCAUGCUCUGUGACCCUUAGAGUAAAGAAGUUCCCCCUCGUGUUGAGGUGGAACCUCCUGUGCUGCAGCUUAUACCCAUUGCUCCUUGUUCUAUCCCAGGAAGCAAGUGAGCAGAGCCUGUGUGUCCCCCUUCUGACACCCAGCCCUCAGAUGUUUCUAAAUGAUUAUUAGAUCCUCUCUCAGUCUUCUCCAGACUAAAAAGCCUCAGGUCCCUCAGCCCCUCCUCAUCAGCCAGUGUUCCAGUCCCCUAAUAAUCCUCAUAGACCUUUGCUGGACUCGUUCAAGCAGAUCCCUGUCCUUCUUAAACUGGGGAGCCCAAAACUGAAUGGAGUACUCAAGAUGGGGUCUCACCAGGGAAGAGCAGAGGGGGAGGAGAACUUCCCUUGAUCUGCUGGACACACUCUUUUUAAUGCACCCUAGGAUCCCAUUGGCCCUCUUGGCCACAAGGGCACACUGCUGUCCCAUGGACAACUUGUUAUCCCCCAGGACUCCCACCUCCUUUUCCACAGGGCUGCUCUCAAACAGAUUACCUCCCAGCUUAUACUGGUGCAGUUUAUUGUUCCUCCUACUCUACACUUACCCUUGUUGAACCUCAUUAGGUUGCUCUGAGCCCAGCUCUCUCUUAGGAAGUGUGAUGAGAUGAAGUUAACAUCAGGUGUUAGGCAGCAGUUGGAUGUUUUCUUAAUUCAAAACAAACCCAAACCAGAACAAAAAGGAAGAAAAAAUGAAAAGCACAGUCCCUCUGCUACUCUGCCUGAACAAGCACAGGGAUAACAGGCAUAUGUUAGCUGGAAAGUUCCAAAAGUUUCUUGAUACAGAGAGCCAAGUCUGUGACCAGUGAGAGAAAAGCUCUGAUUAUAUCAGGGGAAAAUGCUUUUUUAAGAACUCAGCUAGAAAAUAGUACAACAAAGAGAUAUUUCCAACAGUGCCUCUAGGCUUAUUUCAAUACUGAAUCUCGUGGUUGGUUUAUGUUUUCAUGAAGUAUGAUAUGACUGUGCUCUGAGUCAAGAAAAAUUGCAGCCACUUUCAGGGCUGCUUGAAAAAGAUGAUGCUGGCAAUUUUUCUGCAUAAAUGGUGCUCAUCUCUUGCACAAAUAGACAUCAGGAAUUCAGAAAACAACUCAGAAAUUGUAUCAAGGAAUUUCGUAUGAUCUGUGCUUGAAAUGAAGCCUAAAGCAAGUGGGUUAGCUCUCCCCUGUGCCUUUCACAUCCUCCUACUAUGUGACCAGAACAACUUUCUUGGGGUUACAGCCGGCAGUCUGCACGCAAACUGCUGUAGGCUGUGAACCAAACAAUGUGGGUGAAGAGAGUAGAAGGGGCUCAGGCAGAGCUCUGGGAUAACAUUUUCUUUCUUUUCUUAGCCAAUUUUUUAUUUUAUUGAAGAUCUCAGAUGUGGCCCAUGCAGAGGAGGAAUCCAUAUGGACCCAGGGAUGUGUCCUGCAUGUUUUUACCUGUUGAAUGAUCACUAUCAUGGCACAUCUGUGCCUCCCCCGUAUCAGGUUCAGUAGUGAGAGGCAAUGUUGGUCAGAAUGUCACCGUGCCCUGCUUUUACAAUGUUAAGAUGACACAAGGCGUCACAUCAAUGUGCUGGGGUCGUGGCAGCUGCCCCGCAUCAAAAUGUGAGCAGACCAUUAUCUGGACAGACGGCUGGAAGGUGACGGAGCAGCACAGCCCUAGGUACGUGUUGAAAGGGAACCUGCUCGUGGGCGACGUGUCCCUCACGAUCGUGACCGCUGAGGAAGCAGACAGUGGCACCUACUGCUGCCGUGUGGAGGUCCCAGGCUGGUUCAAUGAUCAGAGGAGCAACCGCAAGGUGGUGAUAGAGAAAGCUAAGAUCUCAACUGCAAGUCCUCACACUUCCACCUCUGAACAGACCUCAGCUCAGGGGAGCACCAGUGAAUCAUCCUUUACCACUGCAAGAACGUGGCCAUCGCUCUCUGCUUCAGAAGCUCCUCAGACUGCCUCUGAUCCCUGCUCAAGCACCUUGGACUGCUUGGAUGUAACUGCAAACCUGCAGGACAUGUCUGUAUCGCUUCCCAGGCAGCAGUAUUCAGAAAAUGGAUUGUACAUUGGGAUUGGUUUAUGUGCAGUACUUCUAGCUGGCCUUAUUUUGGCUCUGUUCCUCACUAGACAAUUUUUAUCCAAUCGGAAGAAGAAAAGUGACUUUUCAAACUUCGUUGCAUUUUGGAGGCCAGGAGGUUCAGGGAACCAUAAUGCCCUGGAAGAUGAGAUCCAUGUAGAGGAAAACAUUUAUAUAAUACACUAAGAACUGGAUGCAUGCCUGCCUUUGUCGUCACUGGGACAUUCAAUGCAAAAUGUUAGCUGCUUGGCAGCUAAAUGUGACUGGAAUACUGAAGCAUUAUUCACAUCAUUUGAAUAAAACAAAUAACAACUACACUUUCAAUUAAAAUCUUUAUCAGUGUCUUCCAGAAACAGAAACCCCACUGACUCGAAUGGAAAUUUCCAGAAUCUGCUUAUCAACCCUAAAAAAAGAAAAGUUCCCAUGAUAUUUAUUACCUGCCUCAAAUUAUCUCUUCCUUGUUGGGAAUAAAAGAGG